UGUGUUGGUGGUCAAUAGUUUACAUGCUUAAUGGCAAAGUCGUGCAUGUUUCUUUCUAGAUGGAGUAAUAAAACAUAAAGUUUUCGUUUGCGAAUGGAGUAAAACAAUAAACCGAUCAUGAAAAGGCUCGAUUUACCCUGUAGAAGGGGUCGAGACGCAGAUGACUAGUUGCUGCACGUGACUGACAUGGCCUACAGCGAGAUCAGCAAUGGAAUCAAACAGGAGCAGACGACACAUUACCACGACAUCUUGCACGCGCAGCUAUCGGCAGAAGACAGCCGAAACAUCGACAACGACUCGGCGGAAGAGUCCGGAGAAUCUCCGCUCGACUUUUCCAUCAAACGGAAACCCACGAACUAUGACGAAGUUUCCGGUUCGGAAUCACUUUCGUCACCGGCCUCGUCGCUUAACGACACCGGUGGUCAUUUAGAGGACAGGAGAAGCGAUACGGAUGGCACGGGCUCGCACAAUAAAUCCACAUCAUCUCAGGAGUCGCCACCGGAUCGCUCACCAUUGUUUCAUCAUAAGCAGCUUAAAAAUGAACUUUUGCGGAACGACCAUUCGUCGAUUCACGAACGGAUCGGACAGCCAAAGACUGCCGACAAUGGCGGCGGUAUGCCGAACAUGUUACACGAUUUUCACAUAGGACUUGCUAACGCUAACAUGUUGGCGAACUAUCCGGCUAUGGCGGCCUUAAUGGAUCCCAGGCGGUUCGCAGCCGCAAAAAUGGGAACCAGACCAUUUAAAGCAUAUCCUAAAGACGCGUUUUCAUCCCCCUCUGACGUUGGUGCUAUACCACAUUAUUUAUCAUCAUUCGCAACCUUUGAAAAUAGUGCUAUUAUGCAAGGACUGAAUCUCCCCUCUGAGGAAGUGUUUAGCCUCUAUAAACAGCAGCUAAUCGCCCUUAGGGAAAGAGAUAAGUACAUGGAAAGUCUCAAGUUAUCGCAGGAAAAGAACGGAAGUCGAAAUACGAGCGCUGCUUCCACGUCAUCCCCAAGCGCCUCACUCCCGUCAUCUCUUUCAUCCAUCCACCUAGCCAACGCCAUGGCCUCUCGGUCAAAUGGAAUCAACAACGACAACACUUUAGUUGGACUCGGGAACAUUCCUAAAUCAUCGAUAGGACCGCUUCCAUCACCCUCCACGUUUUCAACAAAUUCCAACGGCUCCAGUUCGGACAAUCUUAAUCACAGUAUUAUGGCGCAGUCGCCCUCAAUGCCCCAGCUGACCGCCGGCGGGCGACGUCGGCCGCGCUCACUUCCCGACGAACAGAAGGACGAGGCGUACUGGGAGCGCCGCCGGAAGAACAACGAGGCGGCAAAGCGGUCACGUGACGCGAGAAGAGCCAAGGAAGAUCAGAUUGCGAUCCGAGCGGCCCUCCUAGAACAGGAGAAUUUGAAACUACGCGUUGAAGUGGCGGCCUUAAAAACAGAGACCGCGAAACUGCGAUGCAUGUUGUACAAUAGUUAGAACGCCAAAUUACUUUGAUCCAGAAUCAGGAAUUCCAUGAGUGGCAAACAGCCAUUGUUUGUGUGUUUAAUAGUCAUAUCCUUAAGUAAGGAUGAAUCGUUUUGUGCUAUUAUUUUCUAUGAUAAGUAUACCGUGUUUUUUUUUAUGUUUACUUUCUCAUUUACGAAAUCUCAUUAUGGGGUUCGCUCAGUUUUGCAUUUAUUGCAAGCAUUCACUCAACAUGAUAAUCAAAGUCUCAGGUGUCAAUGUUUUUUUAUAGAUAUGUCUAUGUGCAUGUGUAUAGAUGAUAUAUAUUGUGUACUCCCAAGGUGAUAUUAUGUUAUAAGUGCUUUGUUUUUGUUCUUUGUGUUACUUCAAUAUUCUGAUAAGCCUUCAUGUAUAAAAGAUGAAAUAUAUCAGAUAAACGAGUAAUGCAACACAACGUGCUAUCUUAUUUGAUAAAAGUGUUUACUUUAAUAGCUGUAAAUAAAUAAAGUCAUAUAUACGUUUGCAAUUUUUUAUGUUAUACAUUUUUUAAGUCAGUUUUCUUUCACUGUCAGUUUUAAACAUUUCAAUUAUAUGCAAAACUACAAUUAUUGUGAAAAGUAAUACAUUUAAAUCAUUAAUUCAUUUAAACGUAGUUCGAAAGUAAUUUUGAUAUACGUAACAACAAAAAACAGAUCAAACUUUAAGUACAGUUGCAAAUUACACACUGGAAAAAUAACUCGUGCUAUUUUUUUGGUGUUUCCUUUAGUCUCUAAUUCGGGGAUAAUUGUAGUCUUCAGAAUAAUGUCUUUGAAGCUCUGCUUUACGUAUCAUGGUUGGGUACAUCAUCAUUUUUAUUGCAGAUUUGUACACAUCGCGCAAGAUUUAUUUGCUAAGCGUACCACUUAAUCGAGAGAUAUUUUAUGAAAUUGGUCAAGUAGUUAAGAAUAUAACAGAGUCUUAACAGUACUUUCGAACAGGUCUUUGAACAAGUUAUAGUAGGUAUAACAGGUUAAUAAAUCUGCUUAUGAAAGUAUAUAUAUAUAUAUUACUUGAAAUAAAAAAUAUCCAUAUAUUUCUGAUAUAUAUGACCUUAGCCGAGUCAUGUGGAUUACAAAUAUAAGUACGUGUAAUCCAACGUCUAUUAAAUUAUUAUUCGCCGUAGAUAUUAAAUAAUGAUAUUUAUAGUUAAAUUGGCAACAUGAGAAUUGUAAAUGCCUAUCAACACUGUUAUUCACUUUCGAAAAUUCCUUUUUUGUAGUUGUUUGUCUUUGUUACAUAUUAUAGCAUUCAAAACUCUAUAUCCAUUUUUGCAAUAGUAUUGCCAUCUUGUUGUGAUUUAAAUACACAACAUACGCAUGUUCUGAUGUGUACAUAGAACUUUGUUUGUACACUUUCUUGAGAGCUCAGGUAGGCGAAGCCAUUGUUCAUGUUAUUAAUGGUGGCAGCUCAAAUUUCAAGAGAGAAAACAUUUUGUUCUUUGCCUAAAGCCUUUUAUGUUUUAAUGUUUUUAUUAGUAUGUAUAUAUGUUGUUUUAUUAAUUUUAUGAAAUUGCAGCAAUGUUUAUCGAAAACAGUGAGACAUUGUUAAAAUAUCGUUUGUUAAAUAACAUGUUUUUUUUUUAAUGUUUACAUUCUUUGUGCUCAGACUCACUGUUGAGUUGAAAGAAAAAUGCUUACAACUGAAAACAUGUUCAUAUAAGUAUGAUGUAGAAGUCGCUGGUUUCACAUUCACUUUUUCAUCCGUAAGCAAAGCAAUAACAGGGUGCAGAAUUAACGGGGUUCACAUGGGUUUACACACGGGCUGGGCGGAAAGUAAACACACCGGUAAGAACUUUAUUUUGCAAAUAUCGCAAGUUAUUGAAAUACAUAGUGCAUAAAAGAAAGUUUUGCUUUCAAUUUGUGUCGAUAUCUCAUGAUUUAAGAAUAAAUCCUUGAAUACGUCUGUAAUUGGUGCCAACAUUUUGACAGAUUGAGAAAACGAUGUAAACAUAAUCUUGUGCAUGAAUGUUGUACACAUCGAAUUUGUGGCCGAGAACACAGGCUUAUUAAAUAAAGUAAUUCUGACGUAUUUUACAUUCUCAUACGCAACAUAAAAACCGUCGUUUAUACACUCGUUGAAAUUCUUAAGAGAAAAUUGUUUUAAAAAGUAUUUGAAAUAAGCACUUCUUCACGGUGUGUUUACAUCCGUUAACGUUUAAUUAUGAACUCCACAAGGUCACGUGAUCUUGCACCCUGAAUUAGUAAACAUGUGAAAUUAAAGACUAUUGCUGCAAGAUGCACAUGCCUGUAUGAGUAUGGAAAUAUGUUUACCUAUGAAUGAUUGAAUAUUGACACAAUGUCUAACGUAUUUUAAAUUUCUCAGAAGUUAUAUGUAUUAUGCCCAAAGGCUGCCAACGGUGCACAUAAUGAUUUUGCUCCAGGGUGAUAUGAUACACGUUUGAAACAGAACGUUUACAUAUCAGGGAUCUCGGCGCUGCUGUUGACCAUAACUGACAUUGAAUUGUGGCGCCAUGUUCACAAAUAUUCUUAGAAAUUAUUUAAGAUAUUUUAUAGCUCGUUACAAAUGGAUGAUUCAUAUUGCUGAUUAUCAAAGGAUCUGUUGUAUUGAGUGAACCUCCGUACGCAAAGGUGAAUCGGAAGUCAUCGCAACCUGAUGUACAUACAUGUACAACAUAGACGCGAGGCGUCAACGUUACUUGCCAUUUGCGAGUGGUAUCUUUCUUGAACAUCAUUAUGUCCUGUACAAAUUUCUGUGCACACAUUUAUCUUAACCCAUUUAUGCAUAGUGAACUCUCCCAUCCUUCUAGAUUGGAUAAACAUACUUCCAAAAUUAGGGAUGUCUAGUAUACUUAUUUCUAAAUUUAGAAUAUUUCUUACAGAAAUUCCUUUAAGCUAACAGCGCAGACCCUGAUAAGACGCCGCAUCAUGCGGCGUCUCAUCUGGGUCUACGCUGUUUGCCAAGGCCUUUUUUCUAGACGCUAGGCAUAAAUGGGUUAAAUUGAUCUCAGGAUUCACGAUUCGUUAAUUUAACAUUUUUAGCAAUGGCGACUGGAAUUUAUUAAGUCAUGUUUGAAUAGUUUUGACAUAGUUUUUCUUCUUGCUAGUGUUUGAUUUGAAUGACCUAGAAAAACGCCGUGUUCAUGUUAAAUGUAAAACGCUUACUUUGAUAUACGUUUCGAUGUAUAAUUGCAUUUAUAAGAUUGUUUUCAAUGGGUUUGGCCAGUAUUUGACGAUGGUAAGUUGGACACAUUUCGCGAUUUAAUUGUGUUUGUAUUUAUAUACUUUGUGUUUUCACACAUCUAGUAAUAACUUUUUUUCUGAGUAUUAUGUACAGUUUCUGUUAUCUAUUCUUAUUGACACAAAACCGCGUGCAAGUCAUUUUUAUGUCUAAACUCAAAUAAUACAUGCACUCUCUAUCAAUAUAAAUUAAUAUUAAAUACAGCGCUAUUCUGUGCAGUUAAAUGUAAGUAUGUAUUUAAAAAAAUCGAAACUCGGAUUAUAUACAGGUGUAAUAUUAAGUAUCGUGCAUAUGUUACGGAUAUUUAUAUUUCAUCAAAAAAGCGCAUUUGUGUUUCUUUUGUUUGAAAGCUAUUUAUGUGCAAAUGUGGAAGUGUGCCUAAGCAUUCCGACCGCUAUAUAUCUACCUCAAAAUACAUGCUGAACAUUAGUAGAUUAGUUAAUAAAUUAAUUUAUGUAUUAUUUUGUUACAUACGUGCCUCAUUGUAUAUGACAAUGAUUACUCGUACACGUAUAAAAGUAAAUACGUCUAUAUAAGUGAUGAUAUAGUGUCUUUUAUAUAAAUUUUGUGGUUACAAAUGAUUUAUUUCUUCUUUUAUUGUAUAUUAAUAAAUGCAAGUUUUGUCUUAAUUGUUUUUAUUGAAAAUAUGACAUGUGUAGGCACCUUUAUACGAAUUGCAUGUGUUAAAUAGUAAAUAAACCUGUAAUCUGAAAGACGUCUCUGAAUCUAAUGAAAACACUUAAAACUUUUGUUUUAGGAAACAUGAUCCGAAUUUCUCGUAAACGUGUUCUAAUAAGAACUAAGGUUACGGUUGUUUUUAUAAAAGAUUAAUUUAUUUGAUGAUUUUUUUUCAAAAUUUGUUCUGAAUAAUUCCGACUUAGCAAUAUAUAGAACAAACAUGCGUAUAGUUGUAUUGAUGUUCUUAUGAUUCGUUAAAAAAUCUGGGACGUGCUCUGUAAAAAGCGGUUUAAUGAAUGUGCGUAAAGUGUCGUCCCAGAUUAGCCUGUACAGUCCGCACAGGCUUAU